AUGAACAUCAAAGUGUGGGGGACCAUGAAAAUAAUUAAAUUAAUGCUGGCACUAUCUAUGUGCGCAGGAGCGUACUACAUAACGUACCUUCCCACUCGCCUUGCGCGGUAUCUAAAAGAGAACAAAAGAAAUAAAGAGCUAAAAGACUACAGAAAAGCAGAAGAGUUUUACUCUUCUUUGAAAAUCACGUCCAAUCCAUUUAAAAACUCCCGCCUUGUAAACAGCCCGGGGUUCGCGCGGCUGGUGGGGGGCGUGAAAGAGAGAAUAGAGAGCGGAGACAUCCAGGGCGUCCCAGACGCAGACCUGGACACAAUGGACAGCAUCAUCGGAAAGUACGAAGCGCAGGUUUUGGCAAACAAGAAGGACUGCGGGAUAGCUGAUCUCUUUCCCUCGUUGAAGGAGGCGUAUCUGAAGGAGUUCAUGCACUGUGUGCAGAUGCACAUACGGGACAAGUACAUGAGCGCAGCAAGAAAGAUGAAAAUGGAGUCUGUGCAGAUAAAAAAUGUCAUGCGAACUUUGAAAAAACAAAAAAUAUCAAAAGAAAAGAUCGAAAGAUACGUCGAGAACCUGAAAGAAAUAGAACAGCACUUGAAGAUGCUGAACAUUUCAAACAUAAAAAAAGAGAAGUACAUCCAGCACAAGAUAGAAAGAAUAGGAGAAAUAGAAGGGAACGUUUCGUACCUAGAGAUCUUUCAGACACUCCCAGCAAUAAAAGCAAAAGAAAGCAAAGAGUUUAAAACAAGACUGUUCAGGCUGCACACCAUCCAGUACCUUGAAGAGUUUGGCAGCUACUGGAGCAUUUUAUUCACCAACACAGUUGCAUCUACGCUGGUAGAGCUGUUAAUAUAG